GUCUACUCGUGUACUUAAAUGAGGGUCAAACUUUAAUAGAUAACCUCUAAUAACUAAUAAACAUGUUUGAUGUUGUUUUUGAUUACAUUUAAUGUUUAGUUUCACGAAAUAUACAAUAAAAUUGCAUAGUAUAUAAGUUACAAUAUAUCGUUUACCUAUAUUGCUAUUCCAACAGUUUAUAUCUACGGUAUGUAGGUUAUAGGAUCAGUGGAGUUGAUAAUAUUGUGUUAGAAAUGUUACAUCAGAUUUUUCCAUCGUAUUAACUGAAACUACGGGAAAACCUAAAAAAUUUCAAUCCAAUUUGUAGAAAAAAGCUUACAAAAUAUUAUCAGUAUGUACUUACUUGUACUAUGUGGAGUUGUUAUUUUAAUAUGGUAUUUACAAUUUUUAUGGCAAAAUAGGCGUUUGUACUGGUACUCUUACAAAACACCAGGUCCCAUUGGCCUUCCAUUUAUUGGUAUAGCUUACAAAUUCCUAACACGAGAUAUAAGUGUGAUACUACAGCGUGUGAUAGACAUACAAACUUCUUAUCCCCAAGUAGCUACAAUUUGGUUUGGACCUAGACUUUACUAUUUAGUAUCAAAACCAGAAUAUAUUGAAAAGAUAUUAACGAGUCGAUCAGCUUUGAAUAAAGAUCAUGUCUAUCAGUUCAUGAGUGACGUCGGGGAAGGUCUAGUUACUGUUGGAGCUAAAAAAUGGAGAACGCACCGCAAAACUAUAAUCCCAUCUUUUAAUCAAAAAAUAUUAGAGGCAUAUCAGGAUAUAUUUUGGAAUAAAGCAGAACAAUUUACGAUUGUGCUUCAAAAAGAGGUGGAAAACAAAAAAGUGCCAAUGUUGAAAUUGGUAUCUCAUUGCACAAUGGAUAUAGUAUGUGCAACAACGCUUGGAUUAAAUAUGAAUAUUCAAAACUCAGAAGAAGUGGAAUUUAUCACAGCUUUAGAAAAACUAAUGGAAAUAAUAAGUGUUAGGAUGCUCCAUGUCUGGCAUCAAUUGAGAUUUACUUGGAGAUUAUAUCCAAUGAGCAGAGAGUUUGAUAAAGCAUUUAAAAUUGCUAAAGACUUCUCAUCUACUCUUAUAGCAAAUACAAAGAGGAAAUAUGAAUCAACUAGAGGGAACUCAAGUUUUGAAGAUGAUAUUGCGUUGGCUGUCCAAGGUAAACAUCGCGAUGGUAUUUCAUUUUUAGACCUUAUUUAUAAAAAUACUAAAUUCACUGAACAAGAAAUUACGGAUGAAAUCAACACAUUUUUAAUAGCAGCCACUGAUACAACCGCAUCUGGUCUUUGUUCUAUUUUUACUAUGCUCGGCAUGUUCCAAGAUAUUCAGCAAAAAGUUUUUGAAGAGUUGAUUGAUAUUUUGGGACCAGACAGAAGAGCUUUCCCUGAUGAUCUACCACAAUUGAAAUAUUUAGAGAGAGUAGUUAAGGAAAGCUUGAGAUUAUUUCCUCCUGUUCCCUUGAUUGGAAGAACUUUGCACGAAGAUAUCGAUGGAGGUGAUAUGAUUUUUCCAAGUAGGAGUUCUGUCAUUUUUGGUGCCGUAUUUAUUCACAGAAAUCCCGUGUACUGGCCUGACCCACUUAAAUUUGAUCCAGAUCGUUUUUUGCCUGAAAACACUGCAAAACGACAUCCAUGCUCAUACAUACCGUUUUCUUAUGGACCAAGAAAUUGUAUAGGUGCAAAGUACGCCAUGAUGAAUAUGAAAACAGUUUUGUCUGCAGUUCUACGAAAAUAUAAAAUCUUUACUGAAUAUAAAAGUGUUGAAGAGAUUAAAUUAUCGACGAGCCUGAUUUUGAGACUGAGAGAUGGACCCAAAGUGUGGAUUGAACUUAGAUAAUUUAAAUUUGUACAAACUGGAAAAUGAGCCACAACUAUUUAUUAAAAUAUUUAUUAUAUUAUGUUAUUUUAAUAUUUAUUAAAAAAGUAUUCAUGUAA